AUGGCCACUUUGAGCCGAAUUUUACAAUCUGCAUGCACUAUAGUUUUAGGAUAUGGGAACCAAAUUUCAAGUCAAGAAACUGAGAAAAUACAAAAGAUUAAGAUGAAAAAAGAAGAUAAUUAUGGUGAAAUUUGUGCUUCAUCUUCAUUGUCAGAAGGAUUUCAGAUGCCACUUCAUUAUCCACGUUAUAAAAAGGGAGAUUAUGAGAAGAUGGAAGAAUGGAAAUUAGACAUUCUUCUCAAGCAAUAUGGUUUCUUGAAUUUUAAUGGGAAUUUGGAAGAGAAAAGAACAUUUGCUAUGGGUGCAUUUUUAUGGCCUGAUCAACUUUGAAUAUGCCUUUCUUGGUCGAACCAACGAUUUCCGACAAGUCUUUCUCUAAAAUAUCGCUUCUCUAGCUAUCUAUCAUAUGGAAAAAUUAAUGUAUAUGUAAACUUCUACGAGCGGAGCAACUUUUUUUUUCUCUUUUAUCUUUUAUUAGAUUGAAAAAAUAUGGCAUCGUAGAUUAUAAGGAGAAUCGUCGUGGGGAAGAAAGUUACUUUUGUAUUAAUAUUUGCAUUGUAGUAAUGAAGUAAUGAACUUUAUAAA